UCAAGAAGGUUGAUUACAAUGGAAGAUCCUUCUUGUAGUGGUCUAACCUCGAUCAUGCACCUGCCUGAUGAUUGUCUGUUCUUCAUAUUCCAAUGGCUAGAUUGUACCACGGAUCGCGAGUCAUUUGGCUUGACUUGCCGCCGGUGGCUUCAAAUUCAGAACCUUAGCCGCCGUUCCUUACAGUUUGCAUGUUCGUUCACCCAUUUGAGCCUUUCUUCAUUAGCUCAUCCCAAUUUUAACGUUAGCCCCUUCCAACUCCAUAGGCUGCUCACCCGCUUUCAGCAUUUACAAUCUCUGUCUCUAUCCGGUUGCUUAUACCUUCCCAAUUCAGGCUUGACACCACUGCAGCAUUAUGGUUCAAACUUGCAAGCUAUUCAUUUUGAUUGUUGUUUUAGCAUCACCGAUCAUGGAGUUUCCCUGGCUGCUGCUGCUUGCCCAUUGCUGGUGGUAGUUAGUCUGUAUCGAUGCCAUGUUACUGAUGUUGGGUUAGAAAGUUUGGCCAAUGCUUGCUCAGGUCUAAAACAAUUGAACCUUUCACACUGCUCAAAGAUUUCCGACUUUGGAUUAGGGGCUCUUUCACGAGGAUGCCGUCAACUCCAAGCUGUUAGAAUAUCUUUCUGCAGCGGCUUAACUGGCAUUGGCUUUAGAGGAUGUUCAUCUACUUUAGCUUAUGUAGAAGCUGAAAGUUGUAGUCUUGAGCCAGAUGGGAUAGAGGCAAUAGUGAGUGGAGGCGGGAUAGAGUAUCUAGACGUUUCUUGUAUAAAUAAAAUUAUUUUUCCCGUAAAGGGGCCUCAUAUCGAAGAUGUCUUUGCAGCAAUUGGAGGAGGGUUUGCCUCGAGCCUUAGAAUCCUAAACUUCCGAAUGUGCAGAACUGUCCGUGACGCAUCUAUUUUGGCAAUUGCAAAGGGGUGUCCACAACUUCAAGAGUGGAAUUUAGCAUUAUGUCACGAGGUAAAGAUAUCUGGAUGGAUGUCUAUUGGGACGUACUGCAACAAGCUGGAGAAACUCCAUGUGAACCGAUGCCGGAACUUAUGCGAUCAGGGGUUGCUGGCUUUGCGGAAUGGGUGCCGACAGCUCUCUGUUUUGUACAUGAACGGGUGUGUUAGGCUCACUUCUACAGCAAUAGAGUUAUUCAAAUUUUACAGAGGCGAUGUUAAUAUCAAGGAAGAAGAAGUUGUGUGUAUAGCGCCAAGCUGGGCGUUUAGAUGAUUAGAAAUCAGUAAUAUUUAUCUGACUGGGGUCAGAUGAGAAGAGAUGGAUCUUCUGAAGAUUGAACUUUUCUCGACUUGUGUGUUUUCCUCCCUGAGGAAGUUCUUUUUUCUUCUGUUUUAUUGUUGAAAACUUGGGAUUUACUUAUACUAUUUCUGGACAGAUUCGUUAUAUUAUAAACUAACGAAUUGCAUACAGAAUUUGUUUAAAAU